AUGGCGCCCCACUGCGCCUCUCCGCACAGCCUUCCGCCGCUCUCCCACUCAAGCCUCCGCCCUGGUCCCCCUGGGGCGAGCGGGCCGGCAGCGGCGGGUUCCGUGCGGCCAGUGGUACAGAGGAGUCCCCAGGAUAUGUGCAUGCUCAACAUCCUCGCUAAGCUGCCCCCGCGCGACCUGCUGAGCGCGAGCAGCUGCUGUCGGCGGUGGCGGCGGCUAGCGGCGGAGAUCUGGAGCAACGUGGAGGCGGCGGCGCUGUCGCUCGACGCGACGCCGUCGCUCGCGACGGACGCGCUCGUCUACGUGCCCUUCAUGCUGCGCCGCUGCCCGCGCCUCGUGCACCUCUCGCUGCAAGCCGCUAGCAGUACAAUCGCCGCACCGCACACGCCGCCUCCCUCCCUGAUUCACCGUCUUCCCAUCCUCAUCUCCAUUCUGCCUUUCCCUCCUUCCCUCCUCUCCCUCCACAGCAACGGCAUGGCGGAGUUGCUGCAUGGUUGCGCGUCGCUGCGCGCCGUGGACUUGGACGGAUGCAUCGCACUGCCAUCGCUCACCGUCGCCUCGCAGUCCUUGACAGCCCUGACGCUCUCCGCCUGCGCGCGCCUCUCGCGCCUCUCCCUCGCAUGCCCCGCGCUGCAGCGCCUCUCGCUCUCCCUCCUCCCCGCGCCCGCUCCGCCCUCCGCCGCUCCGCCAGCGCGCACGUGCUCCCAGACGCACGCGCACGCGAACGCGCAGAUGAGCGGAGACCCCGCACACGCGGAGGCGGUGAUAAGCCACGUGGCAAGCCUCGCGGCGCCUCUCGAGCGCCUGCACAUCGCGUCGCCAUACACCACCGACUCGAUGGUGGCGGCGCUGGUGCGCGCACACGGGUCGACGCUCUGCGCGCUCUCCAUCACACACUCGCUCUCGCUCACCGAUGAGGGCGUGGCGGACAUCUGUCGCGCCUGUCCGCAUCUGCAGCACCUCGACCUCUCCGCCUCUCCCAACGUCUCAGACGCCGCCCUCCACGCCAUCAGCGCCUCGCUCUCUCACUCCCUCACACACCUCCUCCUCGCCGCCUGCCCUGGCAUCACGCCACGUGGCGUGCAGGCAUUGGUGCAGCGCCUGCCCAAUCUGGAACUACUAGACGUGGGGCGGUCGUUGCUCCCCCGCGCGCCCUCGCCCUCCCCCACCCUCGCCAGCGCCGCCAGCACCACCAGCGCCAUAGGCGCAGGGGGAGUGGCGGAUGGGUGGAGGGGGAACAGCGGGGGACAGUGGGGGGACGUGGGGGGGGAUUAUCAGGGGGAGAUGGGGAUGGGGAUGGAGGGGGGAAUGGGGGGUGUGGGGGGCGAAGGCAGCAAUGGGUACACGGGGGGUGGGGAUGGUGGUGGUAUGGGGACGUCAAGCGCAACAGGCACGACAAGAGGAGUGGCGGCAGGGGGAGAGGGGCAGAGGUCCGAUGCGGUUAUAGAGGGUAGGCGCACCUGA